UUAGAUCUGAUAGUGUAUAUUUGCGACGUCAAGCGCAAGUAAAAUAUAAUCUAAGCUACUUCACAAUAUUUUUAGAAUUCCAAAUAGCAGGAUCAAAACAAAGACAAAGUAAGCACUAUAAUUUGUAGAGCACUUAAAUGAAAUCAAAUUUCACGUUUAGAGUAGUUGGCACAAUAUAUCAACGAUCAGUGCUUCUGACGUCACAAAUAAACAGCAAAAAUACUGAAUUACAUUGCAAAGUAAACAACCUAUAGAGACACUACUGUCCUGUUGUGCCAUAAUGCCGUUAACCGCUCAAUUUGUGCGCAAUUUGCAGCGGUUCCGACUAGUGACCUUUGACGUAACUGAUACUCUGCUCCGACUUAAGGAUCCCAUCAAGCAAUACGCUCAAACGGCCGCAGCAUGUGGAAUAACCGGCAUAACCAAAGAACAGCUGGAACCCUGCUUUCGACAGCACUUUAAAUUGAUGAGCAAAACGCACGCAAAUUUCGGGAGCUGUUCGCCAAACAUGAAUUGGCAAACCUGGUGGCACCAGCUGGUGAUCGAUACAUUCACGUGCGCCGAUGCCAAUCUACCUAAAGCAACACUGCAAACGGUAGCCGAGCAGCUGCUCGAUGUCUUUCGCACCAGCGCCUGCUGGACACGAAUCGAUGGAGCAACCAGCUUCGUGGAACGUGUUCGGGACACCGGCAAAUGUGUGGGCAUCAUCUCAAAUUUUGAUCCCUCUCUGUAUCAGGUGCUCAACGCCAUGGGAUUCAGUGAUAAAUUUGAUUUCAUCAUUAACUCCUACGACGCGGGCGUCAUGAAACCAAAUUCCGGCAUAUUCCAAUUGGCUUUGGAGAAGGGCCGGAAUGUUGCACCUGCCGAAGCGUUGCACAUUGGCAACAAGCUGGACAUGGACUAUAUGGGUGCACGAAAUAGUGGCUGGUGCAGCCUGCUCGUGCAGGAAGAAAACAAGGAGCAGCCACUACAACGAAGUAACCAGCAGCUGCAGCCCGAGGCCAGGCACAGUUUUGCGAGUCUCGCUCAAAUGCUACAAGCGCUCGAGACAAAAGAGAUAUCCUGGUAAAGGCACAGUAAAAGUGAACAGCCUAAUCAUACAUAAACAUAUUAUUGUUAAUUUACAUUUAUAGUUUCCUUUAAUCUCCAUUAAAAUACAGAUAUUUAUGU